UAAGAAUACACUACAUUCGUGGAAAAAUGGCAGCUGACGAAUAGAGAAAAGUGGAUCUUCAGUCGGAAAACAGACGGCACUUGACAGAACCACUCAGGAGCAUACUGGGUCGACGUCCCGCACCUUGAUUGUCAUUGUAGAGGUGUCACCAUCGGUCAUCAUUGUUGAAGAGUCUCCACUGGUCAUCAGUCACCAUGGGAAAAACCCAGCUAAAAGAUCAGAAAGAUGGCAAAAAAGAGAAACCAGGAAGAACAGUUCCACAAACAGGUACAACUCCUGCAACAAAUAAAGAUGCUUUCAGCUGGGAAGAAUAUCUUAAAGAAACAUCAUCUUCACCGGCUCCACCAAGCUGUUUUCGUCAGGCUGGAGUUCCACCCUCCAAUGACUUCAAAGUGGGAAUGAAGCUAGAAGCCCAUGACCCACGCAAUUCCACUUCAGUUUGCAUUGCCACAGUGAUGGGUUUAACUGGGGUUCGUCUGCGUCUCCGUCUGGAUGGAAGUGACAACAGCAAUGAUUUCUGGAGACUGGUAGAUUCCUCUGACAUUCAGCCCAUUGGCACCUGUGAGAAGAAUGGAGACAUGUUGCAGCCACCACUGGGAUUUCGGAUGAAUGCGUCCUCAUGGCCCAUGUUUCUGUUGAGAACCUUGAACGGAGCAGAAAUGGCCCCAGCAUCAGCCUUUAAAAAGGAGCCUACCAGGCCCCCCCAGAACAACUUCAAGCCAGGCAUGAAGCUGGAGGCUGUGGACAAGAAGAACCCAUAUCUCAUCUGCCCUGCCACCAUUGGGGAAGUAAGGGGCGAUGAGGUGUUCAUCAUGUUCGACGGCUGGAGGGGCGCUUUCGAUUAUUGGUGCAAGUGUGACUCCCGGGACAUCUUUCCUGUGGGCUGGUGCUCCCUCACCAAGCACAGUCUCCAGCCACCAGGCAACAGUGUUACCCUCCCGAAGAACUUGCAGAGUCUCCCAGCAUCACCCUCCAAGCCCAGCAGGCGUUCCAUGCACUCCCCCUACAGACUCCCCAACCCUCUGCCCCCUUUGCCUGUCAGAAAGGGGGUACGGGGCCGUCGGCCCAAGAGCGAAACCAUUGCUCUUCUCAAAGCUGUGGCAGAAGCAGCGGCUGCCCAGAACAGAGCUGUAUCUGAAAACACGCAGCUUGUACCUCAGCCUCACAAGAAGAGAGGACCCAAACCUGGAAGCAAGAGAAAGUCCAAGAUUCUGCAGGGUCCAACACAACUGUCCAGCAUCCAGGUUCCACAGGAAAGCCCCCCCAGUCUCAACUCAGUGGUUUCAACAGUGUGUGUAUAUGUGAAUAAGCAUGGAAACUGUGGUCCGCACCUGGACAGGAAGCAGAUGCAGCAUCUGCCUGACCACUUUGGCCCAGGGCCAGUCAACGCUGUGCUCCAGCAGGUGGUCCAGUCAUGUAUAGACUGUGCGUACCAGCCCAAAGUCCUGCUCAUUGCUCUGCAGACUCACUCAGGAGGAGGAGAGAUUGUCAGAGUGAGGACAGAUGGUGGAGUUCGUGUGGUUAAACUACCUUCAGCUUCCAGUGCUUCCUUCGUGCUGCGGUUCCUGGAGACGAUGUGUCGUCAUCUGCAAUGUGACAACCUGUUCAGCAGCCAACCGUUCAGCCACUACACUGCUUAUGACAGGAACAAGUCAGUGAAAGAAGAGGCUUUGGACGCUCCCUCUCUUGCUCGGGGUAGUAAACGCAGUCUCUCUGGAAUCUCUCCACCGUAUGCAGCCCCUCUGUCUCCUAAACAUUUACGCACAGAAGCUCACCCCUCCGAAGCAGAGACUCUGCCUCACGAGGAGAAUGGCCUAAUAAAGGAGCAGCGCUACAUGGACUCAGCCUCCAACUCCAUGACUCCUCGUCCUCAAACAGUGCGGAGUUCUUCAGAGUACCACUCUCAGGCCAGCAGCCUCUACCAUCCAGGCAACAGCACACCCAUGCGCCGCCUCUCGUCUAACCCCGCAGAGCUCGGCUCCACACAGCCUCUCAGACGUGUUGAAGCAGCCAGCUCCACCACCGGUCCUGAGGCUGCAGCGUCUGAUCGCGAGAGUCAGCAGCUGCCCAGUAAAAACCCCUCCUCCUGGACCAUUGAGGAGGUGAUGCAGUUCGUCAGGGAUGCUGACCCCACAGCAUUAGCACCACAUGCUGAGCUGUUCAGGAAACAUGAGAUCGAUGGAAAAGCCCUGAUGCUGCUACGGAGCGACAUGAUCAUGAAGUACAUGGGUCUAAAACUCGGGCCUGCACUGAAGUUAUGUCACCACAUAGAGCGGCUGAAACAAGGCAAAGUUUAACAGGAAGCAGGACAGUCCUGAUCCUGCCAGACCCAUGGGCAAUAAGCCUCGAAGGAGCCGGCGCUUAGACACUGACUCAUGUGGCACGCAGGGACCACGUUACUCCAGACUCCACCUCCCGAGACUGAAUACAUGUCACACCUUGGUCCAGACUUCCAGAAUGGAGAAAGUGUGCCGUGCUGACACGUUACCUCAUCCCCUCAUCAGUGAGCGAGAAGCUGUUCAAGUCUAAUAGACGCCACUGACGUAAUGAAAUCCCAAAGGAAAAUAAUCCCUGUAGUGUUUACAUUGAAUAGCACAUGUGCACACGUGGACAUGUUUUUUCUUUUUUUUUACAGCGAUGAAAUCUUUUGAUCCUGGUUUUGGAUCCCCCAAAGAUGGAGAAUGUUUUUUCGUAUACAAUGUUUUUAUUACUGUUGAAUUUCCAGUCAACGGAUUUCCGGGACGAGUUGGUAAACUGAAAAAGAAUCCCUCACACGUUCUUCCCGACUCUUUUUUAGAGAAUUUGGACGCUCUCUGUCUCUGUGCUGUUGCAUAGCUGUUGUCUCACCUGUAUGCCUACAGUAUGGGUGUAUCUCCCUUCCUGACAAAUGCUCACGACAGUGCAUUCCACCUCUUUCACACAGUGCUAGACAGACGUAUUCAUAUGUUGUAUUCUUGUGUUUUUUUAAAGUUGAACCUCACUGUUUUCCACGAGCACCACGAAGCGUCACCUGCCCUGCGCUGGCGUCAUGUAUUAUUGUGUCUUAGCGGGCCCUACGUCACCUCCCACUGGUCUCUGGGCCGUUCCCGAGCUCUCUGGAGUAUCAAUUUCAACAGACAGCUUGCUGAGGAAGUGAAAACCCGACAUUUCUAAGGGCUUUCUAUGUUAAGUUCUUAUAUCAUAUUCUUUUGAUCAGUCACGAUCAUUUAAGCUCAUUGGUCUGCCUGCGGCCUCCGCAUCGUCACUUUUGACCGUUACAAUCACUGUUAGCAAUGAAAACAGAUGUGUACAGUUUUAUGGGUUUAACCAUGAAUAUCAGCGACAGAAUGUAAAUUUUGUAGAAACGUAAUAUUUUAAAGAAAUCAUAUACAUAAGUUAGAAAUGUGAAGAUAAAGGGGGGGGGGUGGGGCGGGGGGGUGAAUUUAUUUCACAGUGGAUUUCAUUCUGCUUUCUAAUACUUAUCGUAGUGCUUUUAGUCCAGAUACUCAACCCAGUACUAGAGUCUGCCUUGCUUUACCUACGACAUCUCUCAGGUUUACGUGGUCUUUGUUAGUACAAGCUUUUUGUAGCACAAUGUUUCUAAUAAUAUACUGAACAGAAUUUUCCUGUAAUUCCCUUGUGCCAUAUGAUAUUCAAACACAGGAUGGAAGUGCUUUUGAUCUCCUCCUCUCGCAUCGUCUUUAAAAGUACUUGAAAAAUAUGUGUUGCAAAAAGUCACAUGUCCAUUGUCACACCAGAUAAACAAUAUGUGUUUAUGAUGUUGUGUAUUUUCCUUUCUUUUUUAUAAAUCUAUCAAAAAACGAAGCAUGAACGUUGUAUUUUUGUUUUCAGCUACAUUUGUUUGUUGGCAGGAUGACACAAAAACUACUUGAUGGAUUUCCAUGUCACUGCUGAAUCAUUUGGAUCGCCCCCUGGUGGCUGGCUGCAGUUAGGUCAUAAUUGCAGUCUCAUCUAUGUUGAUAGAUUGGACUUA